GAUUGUGCUGAGUUGUUGAAAGCUCAGGUGAGAAAAGUCAGGAAGAGGUGUGGUCAGUAAAGAAACAGAGGCGGGGAAAAGAGCUGAAAACACACAGGUAGAUCAGAAAACCCCUUGCAUAGACUCACAGAAACGUGUUAGAUAAAGAAAUAUAGGCUACAUCUUUUGAGAUAAUCUGUCCGAAACUAUCAGAUGAUUAAUUAUUUGGAGAGGGUUUCAGGAUUCAGAGAAGAGUUGUGAUUUGUGGAAAAGCCCUCCGUCGACGUCGCUGGAGGUUUCGAUGUCGACAUGGAUCAGUUGUCUCGUGGCGUGUGUGAUUAAGAAAUAGUUACCGGAGAACUGAGGGAUUUUGAUUAACUGCUGGUCGGCCGGGUGAUGCUGAUGGACCAGGACACUCAGUGGCUGUACCAUCUCCUGGCCGAGGUCCAGUUGGAGAAGUUCUACCUGCGCGUCAGAGAUGGCCUCAAUAUCACCCGCAUCGAGCACUUCAACUACGUGAAGGAGUCCGACCUGGAGCAGAUAGGAGUCAGCAAACCUGCCCAAAGAAGAUUAUGGGAAGCUCUGAAACGCUACAAGACAAAUGCACGAGCACGAGCACGGCCAGGGAUGCCCAAGGUGGUCAGCGGUCGAGGUCCGGAUGGAGGGGAGCAAUGGAGUGGCCCGGCUCAGGAGGUUAGCCGGGCUCUUCCUAGUCUGAUCCAGGACAGCGAGCUGAUUCUGGGAGAGAAGCUGGGCUCCGGGUCUUUUGGGGUGGUGAAGAGGGGAGAGUGGCACGCGCCUAAUGGGAGAGUGUUGCCUGUAGCAGUAAAGUCACUAAGGAACAGCAUGUCCAGGCAGACGGACACACUGACAGACUUCCUCCAGGAGGUGACCACCAUGCAAUCACUGGACCACCCCAACAUCAUCCGUCUUUAUGGUGUGGUGCUCACACAGCCCCUUAAGAUGGUAACAGAGCUGGCUCCCUUGGGCUCACUAUACGACACCCUGCGCUCACGUCAGUUUGAGUACCCUCUGGUCCGCCUCUGGCUCUUUGCAACUCAGAUUGCGACGGGUAUGGACUACCUCGAGACCAGGAGAUUCAUCCACAGGGACUUGGCUGCGAGAAACGUACUGCUGGCAUCCAGGGAGAUUGUGAAGAUCGGGGACUUUGGCUUGAUGAGAGGCCUGAGCCAAGAGACGGACCACUAUGUGAUGAAAGCACACAGAAGGAUACCAUUUGCAUGGUGUGCUCCAGAGAGUCUUCGUGUUGGCUCCUUCUCCCAUUCCUCAGACGUGUGGAUGUUUGGCGUCACCCUGUGGGAGAUGUUCACCUUCUGCGAGGAGCCCUGGUUCGGUCUGACAGGCAGACAGAUUUUGUGGCGUGUGGAGCAGGAGGGCGAGCGCCUGGAGAAACCGCCGGAUUGCCCGCAAGAACUGUACGUCGUCAUGAGGAAAUGCUGGGCCUGCAAUCCCGCAGACAGACCUAACUUCGCAAAGCUCACCGCAAUGGUGGCAGAGGCUAAACCAAUGGAGGUGCAAGCAACAAGAGACUUUGCUGAACCCAGAAAACUUGCACUUGUGGCCAACGACCUUGUGACCGUCAUAGACCAUGGUCUGGAGCUGUGUGAGUGGAAGGGCCAGAACCACAGGACGCUGAGAGUCGGCUGGUUUCCUGCGAGCCUCAUUGUGCCGCCACUCCCUACCGCUGCCCCUGUCUGCAACUCCGGGCCCAACCCUGCUUCUUCCACCGCCUACAUCUCAAACCCGCUGAGAGGCAGCCUGCAACACGUGGCGCACGGAGACAUCAAACCUACGCUCUGCAGGGGGACACCUGAUAACCUGGACAACACUGGCAGCUGGAGGACUGGCCCUGCCAGAGAAAAGGAGGCGUCAAAUUUGCAGAGCUUGGCAGGUAUGUCUCAGAGCCUGGAGUCAGUUGUGGGUGGACGGCCCCGCGCUAACACUGUUGGGGCAAUCAGAGUGGAUCAGCAUGGCAGACUCAUGCCCCCUGUGCAGCAGGACCCACGGCGGUUCAGCGAGGCCAGUAUGGCCCCGCCUCCGAGGCCUCCGCCCCCCAACCUGAAACGCUUCAACAUGAAACCACAGAGGAGGCCUAUAGUCAACCCUGUCCCGGGCAACCCAUGGCCUCCACAGGUGGGCCUUGUCCCUCCAUCGCAGACACAGCUUCAACCUCAACCCAAUUCCCAACACCCACCUCAGCAGGGCAUCGGAGGCUCCAACCUGGCUAAAAUGAGCCACAUGGCACGCUCAACCCCGCAGCUGGAGGAUUACACAGACGGCCGAGAGAGAGAUCGAGUCAGAGAUCCAAAAGACGGUCUCACCACACAGGUGAUGGAGGCAGUUCAUGGAGUGACCAUUGAAGAGGUUCGCAAUGCACUUCAACGUAAUGACUGGAACCCAGAGCGAGCUGAACAACAACUCAAGUUGGAGCAGCUGUACUCGCUGAGCCUCUGCUCCAGAGAGAACUGUCUGAAGGUCCUCUCCAGAUACCAGUGGAACCUGCAGCUGGCCAGCCGCUACCUGAUCCGAUGGUCACGAGACGACAGGCCGGGCGAGAGGGAGCGACCUCCUGUUACCACAGAAAGACGUGUCUGAAGUGAUUUAUUUUAUUAUUGCAUCAAUGGUUUACCUUUUUCAGCAACAAUUCUGGCACUCGACGCCGCCCAACACGGCGUUCAUUAAGCACCGUGUUGCUGAAGAGUUCCAGUUCGUAGGAAAGUGAAGAUUUAAAUAUUUGAAAAGAGGAAUUUAGCAACUGUGUGUCACUGUUUGUCAUUUAAAUGAGACGCUGUCCACUAGCACAUGUUGUGCUUUUAAAAAAAUGUUUUUGUAGCUUAAUGACUUUGUAUAUAUUGUAUUAGAAAUUGUUUUAUUGAAUAAAAUGAAUGUGGUAUUAAUACUGA